CAUUAUCUUAAACCCUCUGUUGGUUUAUCCGUUUCCGCACUCAGCAUUUUGGAGAGAUGGAUGCGCGCAGGAGUCCCGCUUGCAGCCUCCUCCUCCCUGUGAGCGAGCUCGGAGCAGGUUUCAGCAUCCCAGCAGUCAGGAGCGACGCUUACAACCAGUGAUGGGAUGCUUCACACUUUUUUCUUAGUUUAUCUCCGACUCUUGAAUUUGGCGCGAGGCGCAGAGGUUUUCCACUGAGAACUUGGAACAGAAAUUAUUUUUUGCGUUUUGUUUGUGUAAGCGGGAAUUGUCAGAAUCAAGCAAGGCUGUACUUAUUUGAAGUGACUCAAGUGAGCCUCAGUAGAUGUAUGUGUAACGCGAUGCUGGUUAUCAUGAUCGAUUCUGCUCUAAAAGGAUGCACCGUGCGCGGGCACGUUUACGCAAGGGAUUAAAGGAUAUAUUGAAGACACACCUUGAUUUUUCUGUCAUGAGACACUGGAUGCGAGAGCUGCAUCUUGAAUCGAGACUGUGCUUUGGAUGUGAGCGCUUCAUCACCAUGCAGCUACACCCCAUCACAUCCUGAACUUCUUGGACGUUUGCGCGCCGUGAUCGCCGUUUUGUGCAAGAGCUGGAAGAAUGGCACUAAGUGAAAACUGCAAAACCCAACCCGCUAAAGAGCAGGGCACGGUUCAAAGUCCUCCAUCGGACGUUAUUGAGCUAAACGUGGGUGGGCAGGUGUAUUACACACGCCACGCCACUUUGACGAGCUUUCCAAAUUCCUUAUUUGGGAAACUGUUUUCUAACAAGAAGGGGUCUACAAAUGAUUUGUCCCGGGACCUCAGAGGGCGAUAUUUCAUUGACAGAGAUGGGUUUUUGUUCCGAUACGUUUUGGAUUACCUAAGAGAUAAGCAGGUCGUCCUCCCUGACCACUUUCCAGAGAGGGGCCGCUUGAAAAGAGAGGCAGAAUACUUCCAGUUGCCAGAAUUGGCCAAACUUUUGUCAGCCGAAGACUCAAAGCUCAUCCCAGAUGACUUGUACCACAGUGAUUUGGAAGAUGUGUCACAAGACAGUGACCUGAGGUUUUACGCCUCUCACUCCUUUGAUAGGAGGUAUGGCUACAUCACCGUCGCUUUCAGGGGUCCUUGUGCCGCAGGGGGCAGAGAAAGUCACACUGACGCCAAGCCCAAAAAGUUACCAAGAAUCUUCAUCAGCAGCAGGAUUGGUUUAGCCAAAGAGGUGUUUGGAGACGCCCUGAGCGAGAACAGGGACACGGACAGACCGCCGGACCGAUACAGCUGCAGGUUCUACCUUAAGUUCAAACACCUUGAGAGGGCUUUCGACAUGCUGUCAGAGUGCGGCUUCCACAUCGUGGCCUGCAAUACGUCCCUGACCGCGUCCUCCAUGGGUCAUUAUGCGGAUGACAGGGUCUGGUCCAAUUACGCACAGUACGUCUUCUACCGUGGACCCUCCCGGUGGUCAUCCUCACACUGUGACUGCUGCUGCAAGAGCCACAAAAGUGAGCGCGAGGGCGAGAGUGGCACCUCCCUCAAUGACCUCUCCACCUCCUGCUCAGAGAGCCAGUCAGAAGCCAGUUCCCCCCAAGGAACCGUGAUCUGCGGCCCCGUGCGCAGACGGUCCAACAUCCAGACGCUGGACCGCCCAGGGCCUAAAGGGCAGGUCCACAUGCUGCAGCAGGCAGAGAUGCGCCGCAAGACAGACAUGCUCCGCGUGAGAACCUUCGGCGUAAGAGACAGAGAGGCUGCAAAGAGGAAAACAAACAAGGAGAAGAUGACUCCAGAGCAGGAGCUGGAGAAAUGCAUCCAGGACUUCCGGCGCAUUAGGAUUCCUGAUCGCUUUCCGGAGAGGAAGUACAUGUGGCAGUCGGAUCUGCUAAGAAAGUACCGCCUCUAAAUAUCAGCAUGAAGAAGAGAAAAGAAAAGAGUAAUAAAGGAAUAUGGUAUUGUAGUAUUAAAGAGCAUCAAACUGGACUGACAAUGCACCGCACCCUCCAAGACACAUACUGUAACAGAAAAAAAGAAAAAGACUGUCCUGUCAGGAUGAAUAGUGAACAACGCUCACUACAAGGCAGUGUGGGUUAUUGAUUUGUAACAUUUGCACAGUGUCGUGUAUUAUAUGCACAUGUAUAAAUCAGACUGAGGCUUAUGUCAAGCUGACCUCUUUCUUUAGAAAGCUGGGAGACAGGAACACAACAGGUUAAACAAUUGCUGUCAACAAAGAAACCUCAGGGGAAAUGUUAUUUCAGUUCACCUACCUAUCACAUACUGUACGUGCAGUCGCCCACGAUCGUUGUUUUUAAAAUGGAUGUACACAAACGCUGCUGUGAAUUAGAAAUGGAAUAUCACUAUACUUCACUGUUAACACAUGACUACGCUUUGGUAACUGCAUGUCAUUUCACCCUUAGCAUAAUUGAGCAAUAUAAAACAAAGUUUCCAAUCACAAGUUGUCUGAUGGGUAUAAAUGUUGUCAUGAGUAAAACUAAUCUAUUGAGGGAAGCACUGCCUGGAUCGGUUUGCCAUUGUAGACGUUUUUGUCAAAUGUUGUCAGUAUGUGUUGGUUAGAUGAUUCUGUGUAGGUACUAUAUAAUGACAAUGGAUCUUGAUCUAAUCCUUGAUUGUAAAUGUACAAAAAAAGGCAAAU